UCAAAAAUCAAGAUGACGUGUAUUGAGGUUAUGAAAUAACAUAACAAGCCUGACAAGCCAGCUUCGUUUCCAAAUUUUGAUUCUACCAAAUUAUUUCUAAAUGCUAGGAAAUUUCGGUUCUUCGUAUACAUAUAAUUAAAAAAUGGGUAUUGCAAUAAGUAAAGAUUUAGAUUUCCAUCAAAACGAUUACUUGAAAAAGUUUGUUAGCCAAGAAGUUAUAAAUUUAAAUGAUCCUUUCUGGAAUAGGUUGCUCACUUUUAAUUUAUCAAUCCCUACAAACAGGCAUGAUCAGCUAGCCUUUGAAUCCAGAAUAGAACCUUGUUGUCAAGAACUUUUGAGGAAUAAUUCAAUUUCAGGAAAUUUUGGAACACUCAUUGAUUUAUUCCUUAUUAGAUCUUCAGAGCUCUUAGCAGCUAGUAAUUCGGAUGCUGACCUUUUUAAUUGGCAAUUAUUCAAUGUACUGUUCAUUUUGAGAAGUAUUCUUAAAUUUUUUAUGGAAAUUCUAUCAGAAGAGGAAAUUAUCAAACAAAUAGAAAUCAAUGGAGAUAAUACAAGACUUGAGUCAUUAAUAGGGGCUCUGGUUGGGACAUUGGUAGAUGUACCAAUCAAAGAUUCUACAUAUGCUAUUCAUUUAGAAGCUACUACAACACUACUGGUACUUUUAUCAGUUCCUAUUUAUGCUGGGAAAAGACCAGAUGAUUGCUUCAUAUAUCGAUUAAUCAUGAAAGGGAAACAUAUUAUCCAUGCUCCUUUAUUGAUAAAAAAAUUGAUAGCAAAUUUUAUCAAGCAAGAACGGAACUCGUAUAGAUUUGGAUCUGGACAAGGAAAUAGUAUAGUGUUGGGUAUCGCUUCUGGAAUAUGGUCAAUGCUUACUUUCAAUAGUAAAUCUUCCAGUGACGGUGAUAAUUUGGAAUUAGCCAACUUUCAUGAAGUUCCCUUGGCAUCUCAGAGUUUACUGUUAGUUUUAGUGUUAGUUCAUCACUGGACAACACAUACAAAUCCAUAUCGUAGUAGUUUAUUUUCUUGUGCUAAUUAUGAAGAUAACACUCCGAUUCUUCCUACCAAAGAUGGCACACUAUUUAAAUUGGAUUUUAGUUCUUUUUAUGAAACUUUAUGUAAGAGAGCAUCAGGGGAGGCAGAAACAUUAUUGCUCUACCUUCUGUUGCAUAGAAAUUCCAAUUUCAAAAAAUAUCUCUUGUCCAGACUUGAUAUAGAGCAGUUGGUAAUCCCCAUUCUCAAAACUUUGUACAAUGCUCCAACUAGUAAUUCUCACCACAUCUACAUGUCUUUGAUAAUUUUGUUGAUUCUAAGUGAGGAUGACAGCUUCAAUAAAACCAUCCAUGAGACGAAAUUGAAGCAUAUUUUAUGGUAUACAGAAAGAGUUUUGAAUGAAAUAUCAUUAGGUGGUCUCCUCAUUUUGGUUGUGAUCCGUACAAUACAAUACAACAUGCUCAAGAUGAGGGAUAAAUAUCUUCAUACAAAUUGUUUAGCUGCACUUGCUAAUAUGUCUGCUGAGUUUCGUGAUUUACAUCCUUAUGUCAGCCAACGCUUAGUUUCAUUAUUUGAAACAUUAGCGAAAAAAUACCAAAGAUUAGUACAAAACUUAGAUAAAAUUAAGAAUGGUCAAGAGAUAAGUAUUUCCAUGAAGGAGGAUUCAGAUUUGGAACAGGAUGUAUCUGUUCUGGAAGAAGUCCUUCGAAUGCUCCUGGAGAUUUUGAACUCUUGUCUCUCAAAUCAGUUGAUACAAAAUCCAAAUUUAGUUUAUACCUUACUGUACAAGAAACAAACAUUUGAAAUGUUCAAAAACAAUGUAGUUUUUCAAGAUAUUAUACACAAUAUCGAGAUAAUUUUGCAGUAUUUUUCACAAUUAUUAACCGAUAAGUCACAGCAGUAUGAAGUUGAUGCAACACAAGUCUUACUGACCAUUCAGCAAGGCUCCAAGAGUUGGCCAAAGGAGAAACUUACUAGAUUUCCAGAAUUGAAGUUCAAGUAUGUAGAGGAAGAAUCACCAGAGGAAUUUUUUAUACCAUAUGUUUGGGAAUUGGUGAAUCAACAAUCAUUUUUACACAUAAACAAUGAAAAUAAUACAGUAAUUGCAACUUGCUAGCAAUAUAUGUAGAUUAUCCAGCCAAAAAUAUGUUCAUAUUAAAAUUUUCUGAACUGUUGAAUUUCAAUGUAAAUAAUCCAGUUAAAUCUUUUGUAUCUAUGUUUAUCAUUAUGUGAACAUAAUAAAUCUAAUAUAUUUGUAAAUAAAUCAUUUAAAAACAUUGUCUAA